GAUGAAUACAGUCCUCUGUGCGGCUCAAGGCAGCCUGCGGUGCUGAAGUUUUCAAAAAGUUUGUCUUGAAGUUUGGAGACGCGGGAUUGAACCGAGGAUUCUGCCGACAUUUCCCCCCUCCCUUUCCCCACCACCCCCUCCCCAACCCCCUAUCCCCCGGCUUAUUUUGCUUUUCCAUCCUGGUCUUUCCCAUGAUAAUUCGGACUUUCUGGGUUCCACUUUUGAAUGGAUGUAUAAAUUAAUCGAGGGAAACUCCGAACUUUUGGACGGCGAGCAAUGGGGGAUUUAAAACUCUGGAAUUUACUUUGGGGACUCUGGCUGGCGGCUGAGUGUGGAGCUCUGCAGUGUCGGGAUAGUCACCGUCCUUGUGAAAAUAAUGGACGAUGCAUCAAGAGCCCGCAUGGAGAUGCAUCAUGUCUGUGUCGGUCUGGUUACCUUGGGGACUUGUGCCAAUUUCCUGACCCCUGCCAAAGGUCACCAUGCUUAAAUGGUGGAAUAUGCUCCAGUUCAGUAAUGGAUGGCACAGUGCAUUACACGUGCAGCUGUACGCGAGGGUUCCGAGGAGCUAACUGCUCGCAGAUAGAUGCCUGCGCAACAAGCCCGUGUGCCAAUGGAGCUCGCUGCACAAACUGGAACAACCGCUACAACUGUACGUGCCCUCCGGGAUUCAGCGGGAAGCACUGCCGCACAGAUAUCGAUGAGUGCAAAGCGCCCAACCUCUGCAAGCAAGGGGGGCUGUGCAUCAACACCCCUGGCUCCUUCCGUUGCCAGUGCCCAGCAGGCUUCACAGGGCGUCAGUGUGAAAGUAUCUACGUCCCCUGCGCACCGUCGCAGUGCCAGAAUGGAGGGACUUGCCGGCAAACUGGGGACCUAACCUACGAAUGUGCCUGUUUACCAGGUUUUAAGGGGCAGAACUGUGAAAUCAACAUUGAUGAUUGCCCUGAACACAAGUGCAUGAAUGGAGGAACCUGCGUCGAUGGUGUAAACACCUACAACUGCCAGUGUACACCUGAGUGGACAGGUCAGUUUUGCACAGAGGAUGUAGACGAGUGUCACCUGCAGCCUAACGCUUGCCAUAAUGGAGGAACUUGCUUCAACAUUCCGGGCGGCCACACCUGCGUGUGUGUUAAUGGCUGGACGGGUGACGACUGCAGUGAGAACAUCGAUGACUGUGCCACCGCGGUCUGCUUCAAUGGAGCCACGUGCCAUGACCGGGUGGCGUCCUUCUUCUGCGAAUGUCGCAUUGGAAAGACAGGCCUACUAUGCCACCUUGAUGAUGCCUGUGUCAGCAACCCAUGUCAUGAGGGGGCUAUCUGUGAUACCAACCCAGUAACUGGGCAAGCCAUCUGCACGUGCCCCUCGGGAUUCACAGGACCAGCCUGUAAUCAGGAUGUUGAUGAAUGCUCGAUAGGUGCCAAUCCAUGUGAGCACUUUGGAAAAUGUGUGAAUACCGAAGGCUCUUUUCAGUGCCAGUGUGGAAAUGGAUACACAGGCCCUCGCUGUGAGACUGACAUCAAUGAGUGCUUAUCCAUGCCCUGUCAGAAUGACGCUACCUGCCUAGACCGAAUUGGAGAAUUCACAUGCAUCUGUAUGCCGGGAUUCAAGGGGACUUAUUGUGAGACCGAUAUUAACGAAUGCGAGAGCAAUCCCUGUGUGAACAAUGGUGUGUGCAUGGAUAUCGUCAAUGGCUUCAUCUGCAAGUGCCCCUCUGGCUUUACUGGAUUCAUGUGCCAGAUUGACAUUGAUGAGUGCGCGAGUACUCCCUGCCAGAAUGGAGCCAAGUGUGUCGAUAGGCCCAAUGGAUAUGAAUGUAAAUGUGCAGAGGGUUUUGAGGGGAAGCUGUGUGAGAGGAAUAUUGAUGACUGCAACCCUGACCCCUGCCACCACGGAACAUGUGCUGACGGCAUUGCCAGCUUCACAUGCCAUUGUGAACUGGGCUACACUGGCUCCCGCUGUGAGAAUCAGAUUAACGAGUGCCAUAGCAGCCCAUGCCAGAACUCUGGCAAAUGCAUCGAUCUGGUAAACGAAUACCUUUGUCACUGCCAACAGGGAACUUCAGGUGUGAACUGUGAGAUUAACCAUGAUGACUGUGCCAGCCAACCCUGUGAUUAUGGGAUCUGCCAAGAUGGCAUUAACCACUAUGACUGUAUCUGCAGACCAGGCUUCACUGGUCCGCAGUGCAACCUUGAAAUAAAUGAGUGCGCAUCAAACCCUUGUCGAAAUGGUGGCACCUGUAUCGAUGGCGAGGACGGUUUCUCUUGCCUCUGUCCAGAUGGCUACCAUGACCCCCUGUGUUACUCCGAAGUGGAUGAAUGCAGCAGCAGCCCCUGUGUGCACGGGACUUGUCAUGACGACAUCAAUGGGUACAAGUGUGACUGUGAACUGGGAUGGACAGGAAUGAACUGUGAUAUCGACAAGGAUGAAUGUGACUCUAACCCUUGUCAGAACGGAGGGAGCUGUUCUGAUCUGGUGAAUGGCUACCUUUGUAAAUGCAAAGAGGGCUUUCGAGGACAGCACUGCCAAGUCAACAUCAAUGACUGUGCAUCAAAUCCUUGCUUAAACAAAGCAAUCUGUGUGGAUGGGAUUGCUAGUUACACCUGCCAAUGCGAACUGCCUUAUACAGGUCCAAACUGUGAGAAUGUGCUGGUACCGUGUUCACCCAACCCAUGUGAGAAUGGAGGUGUUUGUGACCACACUCCUGACUAUGAGGAUUUUGUGUGCACCUGUGCGGAGGGCUGGCAAGGACGGAUCUGUCAAAUGGAUGUCGAUGAGUGUGCAGCAAACCCCUGCAGGAAUCGAGGCUCUUGCACCAACACACUGGGAAACUACAUAUGUGCGUGUCGACCAGGCUUCGCAGGGCGUGACUGUGAAAUGGACAUCAAUGACUGUACUCCCAAUCCCUGUCUGAAUGGCGGUGCCUGUCUGGAUCAAAUUAACUCCUUCGUUUGUAACUGCCUGCCAGGCUUUGCGGGCAUCCGGUGCGCUGACGAGAUCAACGAGUGUCAGAGCAACCCAUGCCACAAUGGGGGCACCUGCACGGAUUAUGCCAACAGUUACACUUGCACCUGUAAACCUGGGUUUAACGGACUGCACUGCGAGAACAAUAUUCCAGACUGCACUGAGAGCUCCUGUUUUAACGGAGGGACCUGUAUAGAUGGCAUUAACUUGUACAGCUGUCACUGCCGUUCUGGUUUCACUGGUUCCAGUUGUCAGUAUGACAUUGAUGAGUGUAACUCACAGCCAUGCCUGAAUGGAGGAGUGUGCGUCGAUGGGCUGGAGUCCUACAGGUGCACCUGUCCCCAUGGGUACACAGGUGACCGGUGUCAGAUCAGUACGGAUUGGUGCAGCAAGUCCCCUUGCAAGAACGGCGGGCGGUGUCAACCAACGAGAACAUCCUUUAUUUGCGAGUGUGGGAGUGCUUGGGUAGGACGCUACUGCGACAUCCCCAACGUGUCGUGCGAAGUGGCUGCGACACGGAGAGGAGUGGCUACAACUCAGCUUUGCCAUCACGGAGGUUCGUGUUUCAGUGCUGGAAACGCACAUUACUGUACCUGCCCCAAGAGUUACACUGGCAGCUACUGUGAGAAUGAAGUUGACCAGUGUGCCUCCAACCCAUGUCACAAUAGCGCCACCUGCAGGAGCUUCCUUGGAGGCUACAUUUGUGAGUGCAUGCCAGGCUACAAGGGGAAAACCUGCAAGCUGGAGGUCAACGAGUGCGAGUCAAAUCCUUGCCAGAAUGGAGGCACUUGCCUCGACCUGAUUGGCCGAUACAUCUGCUCCUGUCCACCAGGAACUCUGGGCGUACUUUGUGAAAUUAAUGAAGAUGACUGCGGCCUCUCAUCUGGCACGAAUGUGCCCAAGUGUAUGAAUAAUGGGACCUGUGUGGAUAAAAUUGGAGGCUACACCUGUAACUGCCCACCAGGGUUCACUGGCGAUCGGUGUGAAGGUGACAUUAACGAGUGCCUGUCAAACCCUUGUAACCCACAGACAACCAUCGACUGUGUCCAGCUGCCUAAUGAUUACCAGUGCGUGUGCAAGCCUGGCUUCACAGGCCGUCAGUGCCAAAGCGUUAUCAACAUGUGUGAAUCUCAGCCCUGUCAGAAUGGGGGCCACUGUAAAAUCACGGUCAAUACACCACUCGGCUAUACCUGCAAAUGUCAACCGAGCUACACUGGACCAAAUUGUGAGCGCAGUAUUUUGACUUGUCGAGAGCUCGCCUGCCAGAACGGUGAGCUGUGCAUCGAUUCUCCUCUGGGAGCCCGCUGUACCUGUCCGCCAGGGUUUGCUGGCCCAGCAUGCCACCAUCCUGCCUCUACCAACAACAACAAUAGCAGCACCACCGCCUGCAACAACCGGCCGUGCCGUAAUGGUGGCAUCUGCAAGGCCAGCCGCCAGCCCCCCUUCUACCAGUGCCUGUGCCCGAAGGAGUUUGAUGGGAGGCACUGUGAAGUGCUGAGGAGGUACACCCCUACCACCAAGGAACCGGCCUGCUCUGUCCAGCAGUGCCACAGGAGGGCAGGUGAUGGCUACUGUGACCGGGAGUGCAACACGCAUGCCUGCCAGUGGGAUGGUGGUGACUGCUCGCUAUCAGUCGACAAUCCCUGGAGGGAGUGCAACGUUCAGGAAUGCUGGCGUUACUUCAAUAACAACAUCUGCGAUGAGUUCUGCAACAGUCGUGAAUGUCUUUAUGACAACUUUGACUGUCAGAAUCAAGAGAGGACCUGCAACCCACUAUACGAGAAGUACUGUGCCGAUCACUAUGCCGAUAAACUCUGCGACCAAGGCUGCAACAAUGAGGAGUGCGGCUGGGAUGGUCUGGACUGUGCCCCCGAUGUGCCUGAGCACCUGGCUGAAGGGACCCUCAUUGUCAUCGUCCUGCUGCCACCUGACGAGCUGCUGAAAAGCAGCACCAACUUCCUGCAGAAACUGGGCUCCAUCCUGCGAGCCACCCUGCGCUUCAAACUUGACAGCAACGGACAGUACAUGAUCUACCCCUACUACGGCAGCAGCUCCCGACUCAAGAAGCGCUCAGUGGCACUGGGCAGGCUGCCACGGGAACUUGGACAGGAAAUCAUAGGGUCAAAGGUGAAUCUGGAGAUUGAUAAUCGCCUGUGCCUCCAAGGAGCAGGUGAAUGCUUCCCAACAGCAGAGAGUGCAGCUGCUUACAUUGGUGCUUUGUCUGCAGUUGGUAACCUGCACUUCCCCUAUCCCAUCAAGGAUGUUGAUAGUGAGCACCUGUCGCCGCCGCCGCCCCCCAUGAACCUCCUGCCGCUAAUGAUCGUUGCCGCAGUGAUUCUCACAGUCAUUCUGAUCCUUGGGGUGCUGGUGGCAAGACGCAAGCGGGAGCAGAGCUUGCUAUGGUUCCCAGAGGGCUUCACCCUUAAGAAGGACAGCAGCAACAAGAACAGGCGUGAGCCCGUGGGGCAGGAUGCACUGGGAAUGAAACACAUCUCCAAAUCCAUGGUGGAGGAGGGCCUGAUCAGUGAGCGGGACCUCCAGACUGAGCAGUGGUUGGACACUGAGUGCCCCGAGGCAAAACGACUUAAGGUGGAGGAGCCAACCAUUCUGUCGGAUAAUGAAGAUGCAGUCGAUUGUCGUCAAUGGACUCAACACCACCUCGCUGCAGCAGAUAUUCGGAUGCCACCUUCCAUGGCCCUGACCCCGCCUCAGGGAGAGUUUGAUUCUGAUUGCAUGGAUGUGAACGUGCGAGGUCCAGAUGGCUUCACCCCACUGAUGCUAGCCUCUUACUGUGGCGGAGGACUGGACACAGGCCUGACUGAGGAAGAGGAACAGGAGGACUCAUCUGCCAAUAUCAUCUCAGACCUCAUCUACCAAGGGGCCAACCUCUGUGCGCAAACAGACCGAACCGGAGAGACUGCCCUCCACCUGGCUGCCCGUUACGCGCGGGCGGAUGCUGCCAAGCGACUCCUUGACGCAGGUGCUGAUGCCAAUGCUCAGGACAAUACUGGACGCACCCCUCUCCAUGCUGCAGUCGCUGCUGAUGCCCAAGGAGUCUUCCAGAUACUCAUAAGAAAUAGAGCCACAGACCUAGAUGCCCGAAUGGUCGAUGGCUCCACCGCCCUGAUUCUUGCUGCUCGCCUCGCUGUCGAGGGAAUGGUCGAAGAGCUAAUAGCCUGUCAUGCUGAUGUCAACGCAGUGGAUGAGAUUGGUAAAUCAGCCUUGCACUGGGCUGCAGCAGUGAACAAUGUUGAUGCCACUCUGGUCUUGCUGAAGAAUGGAGCCAACAAGGAUAUGCAGGACAGUAAGGAGGAGACACCACUCUUUCUGGCUGCCCGGGAAGGAAGCUUUGAAGCUGCCAAGAUGCUGUUGGAUCACUUUGCCAACCGAGACAUCACGGACCACAUGGAUCGAUUGCCACGAGACAUUGCACAGGAACGGAUGCAUCACGACAUUGUGCAGCUGCUGGAUGAGUACAACGCUGUACGGAGCCCUCAGGGGCAAGGUGGUCACAUGGGCAGCCAUUCAAUGUCCCCCCUCAUGUGCCCGCCGAACAGUUACAUGACUAACUUAAAGCAAACACCCCAGGGAAAGAAAGCAAGGAGGCCUAGCUCCAAAAAUUCAGGCUCUGGGAAUAACAGCAACAUGACCAAGGACUCGAAGGAACCGAAAGCAAGGAACAAAAAGUUGAGUUUAGAUUGCCAAGCAUCCCUCAUGGAAAGCUCAGUGACAUUGUCUCCGGUAGACUCAUUGGAUUCGCCGCGUGCCUAUGUUACCAACCCUACAUCCCCGGUCAUGACGUCCUCUGGAAUCUUGCAUCCUGCUGGCUCCUUAUCUGUGCUUGCCAACCCUCCGGUGAAUGGUAUUUUGGAAGGUCCCUUCACUGUCUCCUUGGCAGGACUUGGUGAUCUUGGAGAUGCUGCUCAGAACACUGCCAUUUUAUCCAUGAACCACAUGCAGCCGCGUCUCUCAAUGUCACAAGUCACUGGGCAGCCAAACUGCCUUCUGAAUGCCAGUGGCCUUGGUCUAAAUGUUGGUAUGGUGAGCCCCAUCACCGCUGUACCCUUUGAAUGGCAAACGAGGAUUCCCAGCUCGCAGUGCAACUCGGUAAUCAACGUCGUGCAACAGUCUGCGGGGUCGCAUGCUAACAUGCACCAGCCAAGUCAAGUCCUGCAGCAUGGCUUAGUGCUGCAAAGCCGCAUGUCCAUGGGAAAUGGACCUCAAAUGAUCAACCAGCAGAGUCCAGUCAAGCCCCAAAACCCAGUCGAGCAGCAGGCAAUUUCUCAAGCCCCACAGGCACAGCAGAGGUGCACCCCUUCUACCACCAGCCAUUCCAUUCAGCAGAGCCUGUUAAGGAAUGAGAUGGCACGAAUACCAGAUCACUGCAACCAAUCAAUCUCUCCACAGGAAACCCAGCCCCCCCAAGCCAACGUGCCACCAUUUUACAAGCAGCAUAGCAGCACCACCACCGAGGACUACCUGACUCCCUCUUCUAAACACAGCUACACGUCAGGGCAUGACAAUACGCCCAAGCAUUACCUUCACCUGAAGAAUGAGCACCCCUACCUGACCCCAUCCCCAGAGUCACCUGAACAGUGGUCCAGCCCAUCUCCACAUUCCAUGUCUGAUUGGUCAGACUCUACCCCCAGCCCGGCAAUAAUUGGACAUCAAGCUCAAAUGCAGCAUAUGACUGAACAAGCGACCAAAAUGCAAGUUUUUGCAUAAAAUACAUCUUUCGUUCCUUUUAUUGAAAAAAAGUCUCUAUAGGAUACUAGGACCUGGGCUAUUAUUAUUUUUGUUGCUAUUCCUCCUUUCGUCAUCUUAAAGACACACAGUCAUGAAGGAGCCGGCUCUGUAGUAACACCGGCUGAAUUUGCAAUGGAGGUCAUCUUUUGGUUUCGAAUUUCAAUGAAAAGAAUUUUUUCUUUCAAAAAUAUGGUGAGAAGGAAGGUUUUCAAUUUAUUCCUGUCUCUCUAUGGUCACUGCCUUUACCGAAUGUGUUUAUGAAUCAGCAGGGGGUCACUAGGUAAACGGUGAAGCCUGUUACAUUUUAAAUGUUCUCCUGAACGUGUGACACCUCUUCAAAUAUGUGUCACUGAGCAUUAAAAGGCCUUGAUAUUUUUAUCCCCUUUUGAAGUACUGGACUUCACUCACCUAUUACUGGUUUGACUGACGCCUGGGAGUCUCGGGCAACCUUUGUUACUUUAGUUUUGCCAGAUUUUUGUCUGGGAUUGCUAUUACUACCGAGAAGGUCCUUGAGAAAUCACCUCAGAAGAAUUUGGACAAUAGGACUCGGAUGCUACAUUUGCUACUGCCUCUCCUGAGUAAGGUGCACUCCACACUACAUUAACUUAGCUGUUACAGUAAGUUCAGUUCCUUCUCUUUGGGACUCCAACAUGGCCUGAAGGCUUUCACCUGCAAUAAGUAACCAUUCCAGAAUAACUGGCUAAAAUAAACCCCUGAGGAAAUUGUGUUUCAAACAACAGAAACGCUAAAAAAAAACUAUCCAAACCAUUGAAGCCUCAAGUGUAGGGACAUCCUAUCAUUUCACUAUAUAUAAAGUAAUUAAUAUGAGAGUUUUUAAUAUGAUUUCUUUCUCUCAUACUUUCUUUUUAAUCCUCAAUAAGCUUUUCUAAAACUUACUGCCAUUGGAAAUUGUGAUGCUGCCAAGAGCAUCAUUGUAUGUUAUUUAACUGUUUCAAGUUUCAAAGGAACACUUGUUUGUUUUUAUUGUCAAGUUCUUCCAGUGUAGGGAGGAAGCCUGUGAGACUCUUCCAAGAAUUGUCCAAGUGUUGUAGAAAGGCCAGAGUGUAGAACAAAGCUCUGCCUCAAAACCCAACCCAGUCUAAACAGCUGGUGGCAGGGCACAGCUCAUUCAAGCAUGCUGUUUAAAAUUGUCCAGGGAAUCAUGAGAAUAGUGCUCUGGUUGCUUCACUUACUGACCAGGCCUCAAAAUGUCAGAUGAGUUACAAAUGCGUGCUUACCUUUCUGCAAGCUCCUGUGUCACGGUCCUCUUUGUUGUAAUUUUAAUUCUAACAGAUUUUUUGAGAGAUGUCAAAUAUUCCAUGCUUUUUAAUUGGGUAUAAUUUGUUAGAAGGUGGGGUUGAUGAUUGCUCCGUAAGAGAAGUUGACUGAUUAAUGCAGCUAGAAUAUGAAGCACAUAAUUGGUGUGAGUGAAUCUAGCAGGUCUGUGAAGGUCUAAGAUUUGGCUAAAGUUCACUGAUCAGAAAGAAUUGUUCUGGGCAUUCACUUAGUCGGAGGUGGGGCCUUGAAUGGAGCCAGAAUACUGCAUCCACUGCAUGCAGCUAGGGGCUUUGAAAUGGAUCGCUUUUCCAGGCAGGAGCUUGAGUUCCAUUCAUAUCUAGCGCAGUUCAGAUUUCUGCAGUCUUUUUAAGCCAGUCCAGAUGAGCCCACUGACAGAUACUGCAACAGUGAACACCUGAAUCUGUCUGUUUUUUAAAAAAUGUAUAUUUAAUAACCUACUAUAAUUAGCAACAGGGUUACAGAGAUUCAAUCUUAUUUUAAAGUGGAGGAUCACCCUUGAGCCUAAUGAUGCCCAACAUUGAAAACCAGUGUUCCCUCAUGCCAAUUACAUCGAGAGGCAAUGUCACUCUAGCAACAUCAAACACCACAGGACACCCCCAAGUAGCCUUGGGUAAAGGAGAGUGGCUGCAUUUGGUCAAAGCAGUAGAUGUUGUAGUUCACCAACUUUGUUGACAAGUACCCAUCAGGAAGAAGGUAGAGAUGUCUUGCGAUUGUUGAUGAGAAUUUUUGAGUCAAAAGAGUUUGCUGUGUUUGACCAAGAAUAGUGUCUUGUGGUGCAGCCAUUCCAAGAUGUUAACAGACUGUGCAUGUGAUAGCUGAAGAGGUUUUAAUUUUUGACUGUUAUUUUUCCCCUCUCUCCUCUUCCCCUACCCCCUCCACUCCCCCAGGAUUGUCAAUUCUGCAUGGAUGUAUUCCAGGAGGUGCCCUCCAACCACCUCACCCCCCCACUCUCCUGCUAUUGGUUGCCCAACAUGUCCAUCCUCAUGGUGCGCUGCAUUUGACACCAUUCCAAAAAUUCUUUGCUACCUGAUUAUUUGACUGUUAUUCAAAUAGCCAGUGUCCAAUCUCUGAGAUAUUUAUAAGUAGAAACAAAAGUGUUGAAAAAAAAAUGAAAAAAAUCUAUUUUUUAAGGCCCUGAAGUUUUUUCAGUGGUUCUUGCUCGCCAGAGUAUCCUGGAAUUUAAUCUUUAAUUUUUGGUGAUUCCGGAAUGAUCCUGGAUGGCUGGCAAUCCUAAAUUCAGCGCCGUUGAUCCACCUUGUACUCGUGCACAAAGACGUAAAAAAUGAAGAACUGCAACAAUGCAGCAUCAAGCCCCUAAGUUAGAUAAACUCAAGUUCUGGGAGCAGCGAAGAUUGGGUUUGAAUUAGGUUGACUGUGAGGAGCUUGAUACCCUUACUGAAUUAAUUUCCCUGCACUGCCAGUCUUCACCUCCCGGUGUGCAGCUAGAUUUUGUUUUCCAGUAUUAAUUUAAAAACAAACUUGAAGAAAACAUGAGCUUGAUGGUUCAAUGGCGUCCAAUUAAACUGCCCACAAAUUUAAUGGACUUGCCAUGGUUGCUGAUGGCAACGCAGUAAUCAAAAUACUAUUGCUACACUGACGCAAAAAGAAUAAUGAGAGUGCAACAUUCGUCAAUUUCCUGAUGUGAAAACCAGGCUUAUUUUAACUUAACUUUGAGUGUGUGUUGAAUAAGCAAGGAUAAAAUCUUCCACUGCCUCACAUUCCCCUCCCUGGAUCAAAGAGGAAUAUUUGUGGCCUGUUCUUGGUGCCUAGUUUAGGAACAAAAGGCUCCUUACUGAGUUCAAAAACCAAACUUUAAUAGUCUGAAGCUCGAGGUUUGGAUCAGAAAGCUGAUUUUGAGAGGAAUUAAUCCAAAGUGCCCAAUUUAAGUAGCUGAGAGGUGGGACGAGCAUUGCGAUCUGCCUCUUUGGAAUAAUUUGGUUUCAGGGGCAUGAGGCAGUCUGUCCCCUGGUUGGUUGGUUGAGGUUUUCUCUCUCCUGCCCAGGGCAUGUUUCACAUCUUAGAUUCAUUAGGUCAGACUUCCCCAUCUCCGAAUCUGGUCCUGAAUGCUAAUCCCUGCCUGAGAGUAACCGCGAUAGUAUUACCCGUUUAUCUACAAAUAGUGGGAGGGGAAGGGGUGCAGCCACACACCUUUUGCUGGGACCCAAAUGGCAUGUUGACAGGAUUAUGAUCAGAAGUCAGCCCUGCUGUUGUCAAGAUUCAAUUAAAAACCUUAAUCACUGCACCUCAUGACCAAGAACGAGAGGGUAGGAAUGGACCUUGCAUAUUUUUUAAGAAACAGAUCUUUUAUGUCCACUUUUUAAUUUUAUAAAUCGCCUCGUAGCCCACUCCGAGGGGCCUGGACAGUUGGCUGUUGGAGGUGACGGGGGUGGGUGGGGAGUGGCAGGUGUCAAACCUGAAGAAGGAAUUGAGUUUUGGAUGGCAAGUUGGGGGGAAAUGGGAGCUGGAAUUGUGGAUCAGAUUGUAAGCCGGGUGAGUGGGGAGGGGGGAAAAGUGGGGAUACAAAUAAUGAGCCUGGGUGGAGGCAGGGUCAAGUGGGAUACAGAUGGGAGGAGCCCUGGAGGGAAGUGGAGAACAGGGUGUGAGCUUCCAGUGAGACAUAGGGUUCAGGUGGUCCUGCACCCACUGAGGGUGGACCGGACAAGGUAGCGCUGAUUUAAAAAAAAAAUCAAGGAAGAACUAAAUAUAGUACCCGCACUACUCCAGAAAAUGAGAGAGCACCCCAUUAGCUGGGCUUAUUUCCUGCCUUAGUUGGGAUUGAAUUUAUGAGGGACCUAUAUAUAUAUUUUAUAUAUUUUUUCUCAACAUUCUUGGUCAGUAGCGCAGCUCAAACAGUAGAAUGUACAUUUAAAGCAUUAACGGAUUUUUUUAAAAAAAAACAAACUGUAAAUAAAUCAAAUUGAAGAACAAAAAAACAUUUACUCAUUUCAGAAGUACUUGUUGUUUGAAAUGUUUCAUGUACUCAAAUAAAAAGUUCCAUUUCUUAUUAGUUGUAUAUCACAUGGAAAUACAGCCAACGUACUUGGUUGUUUAUUCUUAGGACUCUUUCUAGACAUUUUAUAAUAUUUCAACUCUUUUUACAAAAAUGUAGCUUUAAUCUGUACAGAAAAAGUAUUUUAAGUCACAUCUUUUGUAUGCAAAAAAUAAAGGUUGUGAGGUAAAUAUACUUCAAAAAUAAAGCUGUAGGAAACUACA